UCUGCCCUGCCUAACAUGGACGCCCAGCCACCUCCGCCGCCACCCCCUCCUCCAUCCCCAUCAGCUGAGUCGGAGGGCUGCUUCUCCUUGGCGCAGUGAGCUGGACACGCAGUGCUGUUUUUCUGCUGAAUGGAUGUUAGGGAGAGCGUUACUCUGCCCGCCGGUGGUGCCCAGCCGCCCUGCUUCACGUUAGAGAGAAAACACUUCUGGGGAAUAUACGGAUUCAGGGAAUAAAGCUCCCGCGCGACUCAGCAGCACCAUGAAGACCACCUCCCUGCUCAUCCUCACUGCGAGGGUCCGGAGCUCCGUCAGGCUGCUGCUGCUGCUGCACUCUGUGGGAUUUUCUCAUGGGAUGCCACACGUCUUGAGAUUUGGGGGGAUAUUCGAGUCCAUUGAAAGCGGCCCAUCCGGUGCUGAGGAACUAGCCUUUAAAUUUGCUUUAAACACAAUCAACAGGAACAGAACCCUACUGCCAAACACCACGCUCACCUACGACAUCCAAAGGAUAAACAUCUAUGACAGCUUCGAAGCCUCCAGGAAAGCCUGUGACCAGCUCUCUCUGGGGGUGGCGGCCAUCUUCGGGCCCUCUCACAGCUCCUCAGCCAACGCGGUCCAGUCCAUUUGCAACGCCCUGGGGGUGCCACACAUCCAGACCAAGUGGAAGCACCAAGUGUCGGACAACAGAGAUUCGUUCUACGUCAGCCUCUUCCCAGACUUCUCCUCCCUCAGCCGGGCCAUCCUGGACCUGGUCCACUUCUUCAAGUGGAAGACGGUCACUGUGGUUUAUGAUGACAGCACUGGUCUGAUUCGGUUGCAAGAACUCAUAAAGGCUCCGUCCCGAUACAACAUCCGGCUAAAGAUCCGCCAGCUGCCUGCAGACUCUAAGGAUGCUAAGCCGCUGCUGAAAGAGAUGAAGAGGGGGAAGGAGUUCCACAUCAUCUUCGACUGUGGCCAUGAAAUGGCUGCUGGGAUCCUGAAGCAGGCUCUCUCCAUGGGGAUGAUGACAGAGUAUUAUCACUAUAUCUUCACCACACUGGAUCUGUUUGCACUGGACGUGGAGGCGUAUCGAUACAGUGGUGUGAACAUGACUGGCUUCAGGAUCCUCAGCACGGAGAACAGCCAGGUGGCCUCCAUCAUCGAGAAAUGGUCCAUGGAGCGACUGCAAGCACCCCCCAAACCUGACUCUGGUCUACUGGACGGCUUCAUGACCACGGACGCCGCGCUCAUGUACGAUGCCGUGCACGUGGUGGCCGUGGCUGUGCAGCAGUCUCAGCAGAUCACUGUCAGCUCGUUACAGUGCAACCGACACAAGCCCUGGCGCUUCGGGAACCGCUUCAUGGCCCUCAUCAAAGAGGCCCACUGGGAUGGCCUGACCGGAAGAAUAAUCUUCAACCGGACCAAUGGCUUGAGGACCGACUUUGACCUCGAUGUUAUCAGUCUGAAGGAAGAAGGGCUUGAGAAGAUUGGUACCUGGGACCCUCCAAGCGGACUGAACAUGACGGACAACCAAAGGGGGAAGACGACCAACGUCUCUGACUCCUUAUCCAACCGCUCCCUGGUCGUCUCCACCAUACUGGAAGAGCCAUAUGUGAUGUUCAAGAAGUCUGACAAGCCGCUGUACGGGAACGACCGCUUCGAGGGAUUCUGCAUAGACCUGCUGAGAGAGCUGGCCAGCAUCCUGGGCUUCACGUACGAGGUCCGCCUGGUGGAGGACGGGCGUUACGGCGCCCAGGACGAGAACACGGGCCAGUGGAACGGCAUGAUCAAGGAGCUCAUGGACCACAGAGCUGAUCUUGCAGUGGCUCCCCUCGCCAUCACAUACGUGCGAGAGAAGGUUAUCGACUUCUCCAAACCCUUCAUGACGCUGGGUAUAAGUAUACUGUACCGCAAGCCAAACGGGACCAACCCUGGGGUCUUCUCCUUCCUCAACCCCCUGUCGCCCGAUAUCUGGAUGUAUAUUCUGCUGGCUUACUUGGGUGUCAGUUGUGUGCUGUUUGUCAUAGCCAGGUUUAGUCCCUACGAGUGGUAUAACCCCCACCCUUGCAACCCCGACUCGGAUGUAGUGGAAAACAAUUUCACCCUGCUAAAUAGUUUCUGGUUUGGAGUUGGAGCUCUCAUGCAGCAAGGAUCUGAGCUCAUGCCCAAAGCCCUCUCCACCAGAAUUGUAGGAGGAAUCUGGUGGUUUUUCACGCUCAUCAUCAUCUCUUCUUACACGGCGAACCUGGCGGCCUUCCUCACCGUGGAGAGGAUGGAGUCGCCCAUCGAUUCUGCUGACGACCUGGCCAAGCAGACAAAGAUAGAAUACGGGGUGGUGGAGGACGGCUCCACCAUGACCUUCUUCAAGAAAACCAAGAUCUCCACGUAUGAUAAGAUGUGGGAGUUCAUGAGCAGUCGGAGGCACUCGGUGAUGGUGAAGGACAUCGAGGAGGGCAUCCACCGUGUGCUCACCUCGGACUACGCGUUCCUCAUGGAGUCCACCACCAUAGAGUUUGCUACCCAGCGCAACUGCAACCUCACGCAGAUCGGAGGCCUCAUUGACUCCAAAGCCUACGGGGUGGGCACCCCAAUGGGCUCUCCGUACCGAGAUAAGAUCACUAUAGCCAUCCUGCAGCUUCAGGAGGAGGGGAAGCUGCACAUGAUGAAGGAGAAGUGGUGGAGAGGAAACGGCUGUCCGGAGGAGGAUAGCAAGGAGGCCAGCGCCCUGGGGGUGCAGAACAUCGGGGGCAUCUUCAUCGUGCUGGCUGCCGGACUCGUCCUCUCCGUGUUCGUGGCCGUGGGGGAGUUCCUCUACAAGUCCAGACAGAACGCACAACUUGAGAAGGCCCAAUGGCGACAACGAGAUAAGAAACAGGUCCUUCUGCAGUGCGAUGGUGGACGAGCUGCGGGUUUCCCUCAAGUGCCAGCGCCGGCUCAAACACAAGCCCCAGCCCCCUGCCAUGGUGAAAACAGAGGAGGUCAUCAACAUGCACACCUUCAACGACCGCAGACUCCCAGGGAAAGAGACCAUGGCCUAAAAUGGGAUCCUCAAUCACUUUAUCACCCUCUCUCCUGCAGCGAGGAGGUUUGCAGAGACACUGGGGUAAAGGGUGGGGGUAAAUGGUAA